AUGGCGCACGAAGCCGGGAGGAGCUCUCGUCUCGGGGGUCCCUGCGGGGAGCCGGCGGAGCUUGGAGGUGAUGCUAGCGAGGAGGAUCACCCCCAAGUCUGUGCCAAGUGCUGCGCUCAAUUCACUGACCCAACUGAAUUCCUCGCCCACCAGAAUGCAUGUUCUACUGACGCCCCUGUAAUGGUAAUAAUUGGGGGCCAGGAGAACCCCAACAACUCUUCGACCUCUUCUGAACCCCGGCCUGAGGGCCACAAUAGUCCCCAGGUCAUGGAGGCAGAGCACAGCAACCCCCCGGAUUCUGGGUCCUCCGUGCCCACUGAUCCCACCUGGGGCCCAGAGCGGAGAGGAGAGGAGUCUGCGGGGCACUUCCUGGUCGCUGCCACAGGUACAGCAGCUGGGGGAGGCGGGGGCCUGAUCUUGGCCAGUCCCAAGCUGGGAGCAACCCCAUUACCUCCAGAAUCCACCCCUGCACCCCCUCCUCCUCCACCUCCUCCUCCACCCCCAGGUGUAGGCAGCGGCCACUUGAACAUCCCUCUGAUCUUGGAAGAGCUCCGGGUGCUGCAACAGAGGCAGAUCCAUCAGAUGCAGAUGACUGAGCAGAUCUGCCGGCAGGUGCUGCUGCUUGGCUCCUUAGGCCAGACUGUGGGCACCCCUGCCAGUCCCUCAGAGUUGCCUGGGACAGGGACUGCCUCCUCCACCAAGCCCCUGCUUCCCCUCUUCAGCCCCAUCAAGCCUGUGCAAACUGGCAAGACACUGGCACCUUCCUCCUCCUCUUCCUCCUCCUCCUCCUCAGGGGCAGAAACGCCCAAGCAGGCUUUCUUCCACCUUUACCAUCCACUGGGGUCACAGCACCCUUUCUCUGCUGGAGGAGUUGGGCGAAGCCACAAACCCACCCCUGCCCCCUCCCCAGCCCUGCCAGGCAGCACAGAUCAGCUGAUUGCCUCGCCUCAUCUGGCAUUCCCAGGCACCACAGGACUACUGGCAGCACAGUGUCUUGGGGCGGCCCGAGGCCUUGAGGCUGCUGCCUCCCCAGGGCUCCUGAAGCCAAAGAACGGAAGUGGUGAGCUGGGCUAUGGGGAAGUGAUGGGUCCCUUGGAGAAGCCCGGUGGACGGCAUAAAUGCCGCUUCUGUGCCAAAGUAUUUGGCAGUGACAGUGCCCUGCAGAUCCACCUGCGUUCCCAUACAGGGGAGAGGCCCUAUAAGUGUAACGUCUGUGGUAACCGCUUUACCACCCGCGGCAACCUCAAAGUGCAUUUCCACCGUCAUCGUGAGAAGUACCCGCAUGUACAGAUGAACCCUCACCCAGUGCCAGAGCACCUAGACUAUGUCAUCACCAGCAGCGGCCUGCCGUAUGGUAUGUCUGUGCCGCCAGAGAAGGCCGAGGAGGAGGCGGCCAUGCCAGGAGGAGGUGUGGAACGCAAGCCUCUGGUGGCCUCCAGCACAGCACUCAGUGCCACAGAGAGCCUGACGCUGCUCUCCACCAGUGCGGGCACAGCCGCCGCUCCUGCGCUCCCUGCUUUCAAUAAGUUUGUGCUAAUGAAAGCAGUAGAGCCAAAGAGUAAAGCAGAUGAAAAUACCCCUCCAGGGAGUGAGGGCUCGGCCAUCACCGGGGUGGCAGAAAGUGGCACAGCAACCCGCAUGCAGCUAAGUAAGCUGGUGACUUCACUACCCAGCUGGGCACUGCUUACCAACCACUUUAAGUCCACCGGUAGCUUCCCCUUCCCCUAUGUACUAGAGCCCUUAGGGGCCUCCCCCUCAGAGACCUCAAAACUGCAGCAACUCGUAGAAAAGAUUGACCGACAAGGAGCCGUGGCAGUGGCCUCUACUGCCUCAGGAGCCCCGACCACCUCUGCCCCUGCAGCUUCAUCCUCAGCCUCAUCUGGACCUAAUCAGUGUGUCAUCUGCCUCCGGGUGCUGAGCUGUCCUCGAGCACUACGCCUGCAUUAUGGCCAACAUGGAGGUGAGCGGCCCUUCAAAUGCAAAGUGUGUGGCAGAGCUUUCUCCACCCGAGGCAAUCUGCGUGCACAUUUUGUUGGCCACAAGGCCAGUCCAGCUGCCCGGGCCCAGAACUCCUGCCCCAUCUGCCAGAAGAAGUUCACCAAUGCCGUUACUCUGCAGCAGCAUGUUCGCAUGCAUCUCGGGGGCCAGAUCCCUAACGGUGGUACCACGCUCCCUGAAAGCGGGGGAGCUGCCCAGAAUGGCUCUGAGCAAUCUACAGUCUCUGGGGCAGGGAGCUUCCCCCAGCAGUCGUCCCAGCAGCCGUCUCCAGAAGAGGAGUUGUCUGAAGAGGAGGAAGAGGAUGAGGAAGAAGAAGAUGUGACUGAUGAAGAUUCCCUGGCAGGGAGAGGCUCAGAGAGUGGAGGUGAGAAGGCAAUAUCAGUGCGAGGUGAUUCGGAAGAGGCAUCGGGGGCAGAGGAGGAGGUGGGGACAGUGGUGGCAGCAGCCACAGCUGGGAAGGAGAUGGACAGUAAUGAGAAAGCAAUUCAACAGCCUUCUCUGCCACCACCACCACCACCACCACCUGACAGCCUGGAUCAAACACAGCCAAUGGAGCAGGGAGGCGGUGAUGUUGCAGGAGGCACGGAAGAGGGGGGCAAACCGGAGAGGAGCUCAAGUCCGCCAUCAGCACUCACCCUAGAAGGGGAAGGCAGCAGCAUCCCCGUAGUGGAGGAGCUGAGCAUGCAGGAAGCCAUGAGAAAGGAGCCAGGAGAGAGCAGUAGCAGAAAGGCCUGUGAGGUGUGUGGCCAGACAUUUCCCACUCAGGCAGUUCUGGAGGAGCAUCAAAAGACCCACCCCAAGGAGGGGCCGCUCUUCACGUGUGUUUUCUGCAGGCAGGGCUUUCUCGAGCGGGCUACCCUCAAGAAGCAUAUGCUGCUGGCUCACCACCAGGUACAGCCCUUUGCCCCCCAUGGCCCUCAGAAUAUUGCUGCUCUUUCCUUGGUCCCAGGCUGUUCACCCUCCAUCACGUCCCCAGGGCUCUCCUCCUUUCCCCGAAAAGAUGACCCCACCAUACCAUGAGCCUGUUUUUCUUAACUGCUCCCCCUUGACCCAGGGAGCAGAAACAGAGCUCUGUAGAAGGACCUCCAAGGUUUAUGAACCCUAUUUGUCUUUUUCUCUGAGUUCCUACAUGAUAUGUCCCUAGUGACUUUUCUCUAGUCCCUGAUCUUGGAAAUCGUGCUCACGGGGGGAUGACCCCCUGAGAAAUUUUUCUUCCCUCCUCAUUCAUUGUACCUGAGGAAAUUAGAUUCUCUACAGCUUUCACAUUCCCAAGGGAAACCCUCUCCAGAUUCCCUGGCGUGACCCUUCUCCCCUCUCCUCUCCCUUUCCCUUUGGCAGGUGCACCUGAGCACCCACAUUUGAAACUGCAGCCCAGCCCAAAGGGACCAGCAGCUGUCCCUGGAGGGCCCAGUGCCACUCCUCUCUGGUGACCAGGUCUACCUGCAGGACUUGUUGUCCCAGGACAUUCCCACCCAGCUGGUGAGGGUGGGUCCCCUGUUUUUCUGGAACCAGUACAUGGCUUUCCUGUCACGUGACCUGCCCACCAAGCCCCAGAGUUCUA